GCGUGGGGAGGGGUGGGGGGAUAGCGGCAGCAGCAGACCCAGCCCUCAGAGAGACAGCAGGAAGGGAGGGAGGGAGGGAGGGAGCUAGGGGGACAACCCCCCACCGUUCCUACCGCUAUGGGCCCAGCCUCCCACUCUCACCUCCCCUCCAUCGGCCGGGGCUAGGACACCCCCAAAUCCUGUCGCCCCCUUGGCACCGACACCCCGACCGAGGCAGAGACACAGCCACCCGCCACCACCGCUGCCGCAGCCUGGCUGGGGAGGGGGCCAGCCCCCCAGGCUCCCCACCCCACUGAGGUGGCCAGAAUGGAGCUGUGGCCAGGGGCGUGGACGGUACUGCUGCUGCUCUUCCUGCUGCUGCUCUUCCUGCUGCCUACCCUGUGGUUCUGCAGCCCCAGUGCCAAGUACUUCUUCAAGAUGGCCUUCUACAAUGGCUGGAUCCUCUUUCUGGCUGUGCUCGCCAUCCCUGUGUGUGCCGUGCGAGGACGCAACGUCGAGAACAUGAAGAUCUUGCGUCUGAUGCUGCUCCACAUCAAAUACCUGUACGGGAUCCGAGUGGAGGUGCGAGGGGCUCACCACUUCCCUCCCUCACAACCCUACGUCGUUGUCUCCAACCACCAGAGCUCCCUCGACCUGCUUGGGAUGAUGGAGGUUCUGCCGGGCCGCUGCGUGCCCAUUGCCAAGCGUGAGCUACUAUGGGCUGGCUCUGCUGGGCUGGCCUGCUGGCUGGCAGGAGUCAUCUUCAUCGACCGGAAGCGCACUGGGGAUGCCAUCAGUGUCAUGUCUGAGGUUGCCCAGACACUGCUUACCCAGGACGUCCGGGUCUGGGUUUUCCCCGAGGGCACAAGAAACCACAAUGGCUCCAUGCUGCCCUUCAAACGCGGCGCCUUCCACCUUGCAGUGCAGGCCCAGGUUCCCAUUGUCCCCAUAGUCAUGUCCUCCUAUCAAGACUUCUACUGCAAGAAGGAGCGCCGCUUCACUUCGGGGCGAUGUCAGGUACGGGUGCUGCCCCCAGUGCCCACAGAAGGGCUGACACCAGAUGACGUUCCAGCUCUGGCUGACAGAGUCCGGCACUCCAUGCUGACCAUUUUCCGGGAAAUCUCCACUGAUGGCCGGGGUGGUGGUGACUAUCUGAAGAAGCCUGGAGGGAUGGGCGAGGCCCCGCUCUGAGUUCCCCUCCCAUCUACCCCUACGUUCCUCCCCACACCAUCAGCCCCAUGGGCCCUAAAGCAGGGCCAAGCCCUCUUCCCUGUUUUCCUUCUCCCCAUUUGUUCUCCUCUUUGGAAUCUUCAACUUCUGAACUUCUGAAGUGAACGUGGAAACAGCACCGCUCCCUGCCCCUGCCCAGUUCCCCCUACAGACUCUCUUGCCUCGGUGCAGUCUCCACUCUGACCUUCACCUCCUGUGCCAUCUUGUCUGUGAAACGGUUGUCUCCCCUUCAUCUCCAGUGGCUCAGCCUACACAACGGUGGGAACACUUCAUCCUGUCCCCAGUGUCCCCACUUCCUCUGUGGUCUUCUCUCCUUCUCUACCCUACAUUCUAUGGAACAAUCCCCCCGACCCCAAGUCCAUGGAUUCAAUGGACUCAAUCGUUUGUGAGGAGGAAGACUCAUGCUGCGGCUGGAAGCUGAUGCCUGGAACAAUCCUCCCAGGCUCAUCCUCGGCACCUUCACCCUCCCUCCCCUGGAGCCUCCUGUCAGUGGAGGCUGGACUCUUCUCACUCAGAGGUCUCAUCCCUGCCCAUGCCCAGGUGCCCAGGGUUGAGCACACUCUUGGAUGCCAGUUUGGUCCAUAUUUCUGCUUUCUCCUAUCCCCGUGGUACAGUUCUUCAGUGGUCCUGGCCACACCCAGCCCCCUGCAGCCCUGCUGUACCAUUCUAAGCAGACACAAGGGGAGAGGCAGACCUCAGGUGCUGCACUCACUUCUGCUCCCUGGGGAGUUGGGAAAAGGAACUGAACCCUGGCUGGAGGGGAUGGGAGGGCUUUUAAUUUAUUUUUCUUUCUUUUGAGGCUGCCCCUCUCUGAGCCAGUUUUCAUUUCCUCCCUGUGGCAUUAGCCUCUCCCUGCCUCCCACCCAGACGUGUGCCCACAACCGGGGAGGUGGGCUGGAGCAAAAGGAGAGGGUGGGAGCCAGUUUUGCGUGGUUGGUUUUUAUUAAUUAUCUGGCUAACAGCAAGAAACCAAGAAUAAAGAUUGAGAGAGAGA